AUGGAGAGGAUGCACAUCAGCGACCUCCCUAACUUGCUUGUUCAGCAAAAACUUCUUUACCCAUUUCGGAAGCAGGUGGGUGGCUCUGUUUUAUCAGCCAAACUUGCACUAGAAAGGGGAUGGGCUAUCAACAUUGGUGGAGGCCAUCACUGUUCAGCAGAGGAAGGGGGUGGAUUUUGUGCAUAUGCUGAUAUUUCCCUGUGCAUCCAUUUUGCUUUCGUCCGUUUAAAUAUUUCAAGAGUAAUGAUCAUUGAUCUAGAUGCUCACCAAGGAAAUGGUCAUGAAAAAGACUUUGGCGGUGAUGGAAGGGUUUACACUUUGGACAUGUACAAUUCUGGAAUAUAUCCUUUUGAUCAUGUGGCUAAGAAAUACAUUGAUCAAAAGGUCAAGUUAGAUGUAAUUAACAUAAUUUUUAUGCAUAUGUAA